AUGGUUAUUGUGGGAGCAUCAGAUGCACUCAAAUGCAAGAUGCUUCCAUCAACUUUCAAGAAAUCGGCAAUGAUUUGGUUCACCACUUUACCUUCACGUUCAAUUGUGAAUUUCACAGAGUUAUCGGCGAAGUUUUUGUCUCAAUUUUCAACCAGCCGCGCCCAGAAGGUUACUCCGGCGACAUUGUUUAAUGUUCUUCAAGGUACAAAUGAAACUUUACAGUCAUAUAUGGGGCGAUUCAAUCAAUUGUCUGUUCAUUUGGAGGAUAAGAUGCCAGAAAUUUGCAUUGCAGCGUUUGAGUUAGGAUUAAGGCCUGGGUGUUUGAACAGUAAUUUAAGCAGAAAGCCGGUGGAGAGGAUGGCACAAUUACGUGUGAGAGUUCAAGGAUUCAUAAGGGAGGAGCAAAGUGAUCAAGUCAAGAAGAACCGCCCGAAUGCAGCGUAUGCUGGACAACAACAGCAGUUUGAGGCGAAGAAAGGAGCGGUUACCGAUCAGUGUUCAAAAGGAUCGGCCGAACGUGGGGAUAAAGGAUACAAUUACAGGAACCGUUAUGAUAACCGUUCUCAAUUUAAGCAUCGUGCUCAACCGUAUGAGACUCGUGGGUAUGGACAUUCGAUGACGUGGACCCGGAAUCAAAAUGAUCGUGUAACACCAUUGGCGGUUAAUUUAACCGAAGCUUUACACACGUGCUUGGAGGCGAAUGCAAUCCAUUUUCCCCGGCAACCAAAACAACCAACAGGCAGCAACGUGGAUAAGAGAAAGUGGUGUGAGUAUCAUAGAAUCUCGGGAUACGACACUGAUGAUUGCUUCACUUUGCGAAAGGAGAUUGAAAAAUUGAUAAAGGCUGGAUGCAUGCAACACUUAGCUGGGCGAAACAAUUCAUAUGAGGCAGAAACUUCAACAAAGCGUGAUGAAAAGGGAAAGGAGAUUGAUAAUGAUGAAUAG